UUUCGUGUCAAACUUGGCUUUUUUCCACGCUUCUUUUGCAAACACCAAAAUUCUAGCAUUAAAUUCUCCUCACAGAUACUACAAUAUGUUGGCAUUACGAGGCAGACUCGCUAACAAGCUAUUCAGGGUUGCUGGCACAAGAUGUUUGUCUAUGCCACCAAAUGAACCACUGACCAAUAUCGAUGGUGAAAACAGAACCAAACUUCUGAAUGCCAUCAAGGAUGUAGAGAGCCAAACAGUGGAAGUACCAGUUAUUUGUGGUGGGGAGAAAAUUUUCACUGGAAAAGUCAAGUACCAAGUUGCUCCUUAUAAUCAUGCAACCAAGAUUGCAAAAUUUCACAUCGCAGAUGGGGAAUUAAUCAAAGAAACGAUCAAAAGAGCAAUGGCAGCACGUAAAGCUUGGGAAAGAACCCCUUUUGAUGAAAGGGCUGCAAUUUUUGAACGAUUCUUGGAUCUUUUGUGUGGAAAAUACAGAUAUGAAUUUCUGGCAACAACGAUGGUUGGACAGGGUAAGACUGCCUAUGAAGCAGAUAUUGAUUGUGUUCUAGAACUGGCUGACUUUUACAGAUUUGACAUCUACAAUGGAAAGAGACUUCUUGAAGGGCCUGAGCUUCACCAACCACAGGGAGUGAAAAACUCCUUUAUUUACCGUGGUUUGGAGGGUUUUGUAGCAGCUGUUGCACCUUUUAACUUCACGGCAAUCGGUGGCAACCUUUCUGGUACCCCAGUCAUCAUGGGUAAUGUUGUACUAUGGAAACCAGCAAGUACAGCUAUCUUGUCUUCGUAUCGUGUGAUGGAGAUGUUCGAGGAGGCUGGUCUUCCAGAUGGUGUCAUGAACUUCAUUCCCAGCUCUGGACCAGCCUUUGGCGAGAGUAUAUCCACUUCACCACAUCUUGCAGCUGUCAAUUUCACUGGAAGUGUAGGAACAUUCAAAACCAUCUGGCAGAAUGUAGCUAAAAACUUGGAUGUUUACAGAACUUAUCCCAGGCUUAUCGGAGAAUGUGGAGGAAAGAAUUAUCAUUUUGUGCACAACUCUGCCAAUGUUGAUAUUGUUGUCCAGAGUACAAUACGAGCUGCCUAUGGCUAUCAAGGACAGAAGUGUUCUGCCUGUUCAAGAAUGUAUGUCCCAGAAUCAAAAUGGCCACAGUGUUGGAUACUACAUUGAACCAACGAUUGUAGAGACCAAGGAUCCUCUUGACAAGAUGAUGAAAGAGGAAAUCUUUGGACCUUUGGUAUGCAUCUACGUAUAUCCAGAUAACAAGUACAAAGAGACGUUGGAAGUGGUUGACACAACGAACGAGUUUGGGUUGACAGGAUCUAUAUUUGGAGAAGAUAAAGAGUUUAUCAAAGAAGCAAGCGAUAUGCUGCGAGACUCUGCUGGUAACUUUUAUAUCAACGAUAAGUGUACUGGAUCCAUUGUACAACAACAGCCAUUCGGUGGUGCUAGGAUGUCUGGUACUAAUGACAAAGCUGGUGGACUAAUGUAUCUGCUGAGAUGGACAUCGGGAAUGAGCAUAAAAGAAGCACUUUCCAACCCCGGCCCAUGGAAAUACCCCCACAUGAAGUAAUCACCAUACUCUAUAAUCUCUUGUAUAAUGAAUCUUUGCUAAUUACCUUAGAUGUUUAGAAGUUAAAUUUUAGGGAAAUGCAAAUAGCUUUAGUUAGAGUGCUUAUGUCUGUGAAAAAGUUAACUAACAAGAGUGUACAAAUUAGUCGAAGUUUUGUAGACCUACGGAGCACUACAGUCUACCGUGGUCUACUGAACUUACUAAUUUUUGCGCGUUCCUUGAAAAAAAAAUUUACGGGCAUAUGGUAUGCAUACUAGAGUGCGUACAUUAUAUCCAUGAAAAAGUUAACUAACAAAAUUGUACAAAUAAGUGCAACGUUUAGUAGGUCUACGGUCUACUGUCAUGUUAAUUUUGUUAAGGAACUAGUAUAGUUGAUACCAGAGUCGAAGUUUAAGCUGGAAACAUGUAUCUAGGACUUUUAUCUUGUAUUGUGAAAAGACGUAGCGAAUGAUUGUGUGAAAAAGUGCACAGAAUAAUCCAAUGAAACAGUAAUAUCUAGUUAAACCAACCGGCAUUACAUUGAUUAUAGCAUGAAAAGCUAGUAUUCAUCUUUUAUCUUGUAUUGUGAGAAGACGUAGCGAAUGAUUGUGUGAAAAAGUGCACAGAAUAAUCCAAUAAAACAGUAAUAUUUAGUUAAACCUACCAUUACAUAGAUUAUAGCAUAAAAAGCUAGUAUUCAUAGAAGAAAAUUGGUGUUAAAAAUUGAUAUGAAGUUUUAAAAUAAAAGUGUUAUUCGCUCGAGGAAAAUAAA